GUUGCUUAGUUCUCUCUCUCUCUCUCUCUCUCUCUCUCUCUCUCCAGAGAAGAACAAUCAGAUUAGAGAGUUUCUUGAAGUUCAACGUGCUAACUAACUCUACACACUGCUAAUGCUUUUUUUUUCCCUCUGUUGGCUAAAUAUUUCCUCUUCUUCAACUUCUGUUUUAAUUACUAAAACUUAUUUCUCCAGUUAUAUCAACCUCUCAAUACAGAAAAAACUUCUUCUCCUACAAAAUAUUUUGUGUGUGUGUGUGUGUGUGAUUCGAAGUUACCGUUUUAUGUGUGUAUCUGUCUUCUUUCACGUGCUAUCAUGGUACAGUGAGAUUCUUUCCAUUACUAGUUGUUGGUCUAGGAUCUUUUUUUGCCAAAUAGAAUUGCUAUUUUAAUGUGGGGCUUCAAAUUAUUGAGAUAUUCACCAUAUUAUUUUCAGACCUCAUGCUCUGCUGUAUAUUCCCUUUCCCUUCAUCAUCUUGUUACCAACCUAGUCCUCAUACUUAAUUAAAAUUGCCAGUUUCGAAACAUCCAUCUCAACGCCAACAAAAGUAUGAUUCACGUUUCAAUAUCAAUGCAAAAAUGGAGAGUGUUAAUUAUUUAUUAUCAUGCUGUCUAAAAAAUAAUGAUAUUACUCAAUAGUGUAACGUCUGGAGUAGAAAGUAAGGAACAGGAUUGGAAAGUGAAAUAUUUGCUAAUCAUAUAUGUUUGUUUAUCUCUUUUGAUAGCUACUUACUUCCUUUUCUGUUUUGUUUUUCUUGUGUUGUGGGUUUGGUUGUUGGAGUGGUGGUUGUUUCUUUAGUUUCCCUUUGAAGGGAUAGGAUACUCUGCUUUGUUUCUUUCUUUCUUUGUUUGCCAUAUUUCGUUUUCGAUCUUUCGAUGAAAGAUGAUCGCGGAUUAGAGGUUCGGAUAUGUCUCAUUACAAGUCUUAUGAGUAUAUUAUAGUGUGAAAUUUGGCAGGGCUGUGGGCACAAGGUGGCCCUCUGAUCACACUUGUUGCUCUCUAUAUCUGGUCGUUACGGAAAUAUGCAGACCGCUACAUCGAGAGGUGGUGGAGGUCUUGUAAAAUCAUCUGCUUCUACGCUUAAGAGCCCCAGGAAGCUAAAACCAUCUGCUUCUUCGGUUUCUUCUAUAAAUCCGAGCAUCAAAACUGCGAAAACCAUUGAUCGCAGGUUACCACCCACUCACACUCAGAAAAAGCGGAUAACGCAGAUCGAGGAGGAUUUGAAGAAGACCAAGGAGCAGCUGAGCUCGAGCGAGUCAUGGAAGCGAAGAGCUCAGCAGGAGGCUGAAGAAGCCAAGAAGCAGGUCGCAGCCAUGGCAGCCGAGCUCGUGGAGUCUCAGAAUCAGCUCAAGGAGCUCUCUGAGUGCGAAGAAGCUCGACUGCAGGAGCUGCGCAAGAUAUCUCAGGAACGAGACAGGGAGUGGCAGUCAGAGCUUGAGGCCUUCCAGAAGCAGUACUCCAUGGACUCUGCUGCUCUAGCCGCCGCCAUGAACGAGAUUCAGAAGCUCAAGAUGCACUUGAAUAAAGUUUCUCAUUCGGAAGCUACACAAGCCAGGCAUGCGGAAUCAGCACAUGUCGAGGUUCAGAGCUUGAGACUCGAAUUAACAGAAACUCUCGUUUUGGUUGAGAGACUAAAGAAAAAAUUGAACGAUAGCAGAGAUUGCGAAUCACAAGCCCUCGAUGAAGUUAGUAGAGCUGAGAAGCAGUUGGAGGUUGUUAAAAAUGCUGAGAAUGAAAUCAAGUUGAAGCAUGACAAUGUCCUCGAAUCAUACAACUCUUUGCUGCUCGAUUUGGAGAAAUCCAAUGGUAGAGUGAAAUCGUUGGAGGAGCUCGUCGUCACGCUGCAGACUGAUCUAGAUAGCCACAGCAGCAUCUCUGCAAACUCUUCAGCUGAAAAUAUGGACCGAGAUAUUGCCCAACUCAACACCUUGAAAAGUGAGGUAGAUGAAUUGAGAUCCGCCCUCGGAGAUGCUGAAAGGAGGUACAGAGACGAGUACAUUCAAAGCAUGAUGCAGAUCCGAGAUGCCUAUCAGCUGGUGGAGCUCACGAGAUCAGAGUCAUCGGAGAAAGAAGCUCAACUUGAGGCAAAGCUACGAGAAUCAAGAGAAGAAAUCGUUGAAUUGAGGAUUAAACUAGUUGAAAGGGAAAACGCAGUGCAAAUCUCGAAACGAGAAGAAGGUGAUCAGCUCCAGCUGGAAGUGCUCAAGGCAAGUUUAUUCGACAAAGAAUCGCUUCUGCAGGCCACAGCAGAGGAAAACGAGAGGCUGAAGUGCGAAAUAAUGAAGAUGCGGAGCAUAGCAGAGGAUGAGGCGCUGGAACUAGCAGAGUCAUCAAGAGCUGCAGAGAAGGAAGCGUUACUGAGGCUCAACUCAUUGGCGGAGGAAGCAGAUAAAAGCUGCAAGAAAGUGGCACGCGUCACUGAGCAGCUUGAUGCAGCUCAGGCGUCUAACACGCAGCUGGAGGCCGAGCUGCGGAGGUUGAAGGUGCAGUGCGAUCAGUGGAGAAAAGCGGCUGAAGCUGCUGCUGCGAUGCUGUCUACGAGUAAUAAUGGGGAGAGACGAGGCUCAUUCGACUACCAUUCAAUCACUAGUAAGCUGAGCUCUUCGCAAUCUGAUGAUGAAGAUGAUGAUUCGCUUAAGAAGAAUAAUGGGAAUAUGCUCAAGAAGAUCAGGGUGCUGCUCACGAAAGGCCACAAGUAGAUGUCAAGUUUUUCAUUUUUUCCUGCUGCUUUUAUUCAUUAUAUGUCAUUUGAAAUUUUGUGUGAAUUCUUCCUAGCAUCUUGCAGCGUUAUGCUCAGUUUUGCAAAUUGUUUUUCUUGUUCUUGUAACUACUAGUAUUUCUUGAUGUUAUGACAAGUUGAAAGUUAAUGAUUA